UAGUGAAUCAAGUCCAGAAUGCGAAAAAGAGUUGUGCAGCUAUACACUAUAACCUCCUAAAUCAAUUCACAAUGGCUCCUAGCAAAGCCCAUUCGACUUGCUCAAUCUAGGUAGUGCAUGACAAGCAGUGGACUCUUUUCGCUCAUUGACGCACAUCGGUCGCUGCCCGAUAUGUCACGUGCACAGCAUCGUCAGCGUUCAUUUCCUGCCUCCGCCGAACAGUUUCCCCUCACGAAGUCUUCUCGAGAAGCACCGGGAUUCUUCUCAGUGCUCUCGCACCCCACACACCAUCCAAAUUCGAAUCCAAUAUGGCUAAUACAACAUCUUCGAAACCGCAUCUCUGGGAAGAUGAUUUGAGCGACGAAGCGGACAAGGAGCGCAGAGUACUAGCGGAGUGGGCGUCAACAAUUCCGUUCAAGAGCAAGGCCGAUGAUUUUCAAGUGCACGAGUCGGAAGAAUUCCAGAAACGAAUCGUACCUCUUCUUCACAGGCUUCAGUUACCAUAUAAAGUGAGACUAUCCUACCAUGUUUAAUAAGGAGUUAUUGACAUAAUAAGGGUUAUUCACUAGUCCAUAUUCCUGGCCCAGCACCUGCGCCGUUCUCGCAUACGAAGGGGGAUGCCUACAUUAUACCCUUGCAAUUAUUAAGUGAACAGUCAAACGUCUCGGGUAUACCACUUCGGGAAGGCAAAAGUGUCUUUAUGAGAUGCAACCAAGGGGUUGUCAUUAGCCCUGAGUUACGCUUGCUCUUCAUAUUACUGUGAGACAAGGAGAUAGAAUAGCCUCUCUAAUAAUUCAAGAUCCAUCAAUGUGGCCCCAAUUAGAAAGUCCAUUUGGCUGAUCAGUGUAGGUCAUCUGUGUACCACAAAUAAGAUUAGAUAUCGGAAGCGGAGAAAUAGUUAGUGAUAAAAAGACAAACCUCCGAAUAUAUGGC